UUCCUCCCUCCGCGGGGCACUUCAUUGUUACAGUGCGGACGACUGGUUGUUUUUGCUUUCCUCGCCCGGUUACAGCAAUGGAUAUGUACCAAGUCCAUAAUAACAGCGCCCAUAUGGAUUAUGAGAGGGACUUUAUGGACCCGAAGAAGAUGUCGUGCAACGACGAGCGAGUGGACAGCGGAGUGGACUCCAUGGCGGAGGGCGACUACGAGCGCAUCCACAGGGAGUUUCAAAGUCUCUCCAUGAAUUCCCGACCCGUCGAAUACAGCAGCGAGCCGUGGAAAGAGCAAAGGACGGAGGACGGAGACACGUUUCUCCACCUUGCUAUCAUCCAUGAGGCAAAAGAUUAUGCCAUCAGCAUGAUCAACAUGUCAUAUAAUGAUCCUUUCCUGAACACACAGAACCACCAGAAACAGACACCCCUGCACUUGGCGGUUAUCACGGAGCAGCCUCACCUGCUGACCAGGCUGUUGGAGGCGGGCUGUGACCCCCAGGUGGUGGAUGACCAUGGCAACACCGCGCUGCACAUCGCUUGCAAGAAGGGAUCUCUAUCCUGUUUCAGUGUCCUCACCCAAGUCCACACCCAGCACCUGGCUUCCAUUCUUGCCACCCCAAACUACAGUGGUCACAAUUGCCUGCACUUGGCCUCCAUUUAUGGCUUCCUCUCAUUGGUGGAGAGCCUUAUUAAGCUUGGUGCCGAUGUAAAUGCACAGGAGCACUGCAAUGGCCGCACAGCUCUCCAUCUCGCUGUGGACCUCCAGAACCUCGAACUGGUGCGUCUCCUCAUCAGCAAGGGAGCCAAUGUGAAUAGCCUCACCUAUGGGGGCUACACACCGUACCAUCUGACAUAUGGGCGACCAAACGGCGAGAUCCGGCAACAGCUCCAUGCACUUACAGCGCAGGAGUUGAGGGAGCUGCCAGAGAGUGAUGAGGAAGAGAGCGACGAGGAGUCGCUAUCCGAUGAUAGCGAGAUGUACGAUGACAUUGUGAUGGGCCACAAGUAGGUACAUGACAGAUGUGACUCCAGACCCCAGUGGUGUGAAGGUGACAGAAGGUCCUGUAAACAGGUUCAGCUUCAGGCCAGGGAUCGCAGUCCCUGGUGACUGCCCUGAUGCUGGAUCCAAGGCAGGGCAGGGCGACUUGCGGCAGGAGGUCCUGUUCAGGCACUGAAAAUGGAACAGGAUAAAAGCUUUGAUAGGAUGAAGGAUUGUUCACAACUCAUGAAGAAGAGCAGAGUGACGCAGAACGCAAUCUGGACUUUCCAAGGAACACUUAUGAACUGUCAACACUGAUACUGUACAUUUGUAUAGAUAUUAUUUAAACAUUGUAAUGUGUAGUUAUGUAUAUAAUAUGUAAAAAUAUUUUCUUGUGUUGAAGAUGUUAAAUUAAACUCAAUUUUU